AAGAGAGUCUUCUCUGUGUUCUUGAAGCAAACUGUUACUACUUGAUUGGAUAUUGCCCCAAAUUCAAAGUUGUUUGAAACCCUCCUUCCACGGCCAUGGCCGUCACCGUCGCAGCCGGAGGAGUUAGUAUCGGAGUUUCCCAGCUCCACCCUCACCAAUCAAAACCCACGUCCCAGUUUCUAGGCAAGAAGCUCAGACUAAUCAAACCCUCUGGUUCACUCAAAACCAGCUCAAACCAUAAAACCUUAGUGGUUUUCGCUUCCGGUGGCGAGCUGAUCCACGCGGUUCACGACUUGUUUUUAGGGGUGGGUGUGGGGCUGCCCUGCACCGUGAUGGAGUGCGGUGAUAUGAUCUACAGAAGCACUCUUCCGAAACCUAAUGGCUUGACGAUCACGGUACCCGGUACCAUUUUGGCUAUGGGGGCUCUGUCUUAUCUCUGGGCCACUCCGGGUGUGGCUCCCGGGUUCUUUGACAUGUUUGUUCUUGCUUUUGUUGAGAGGUUUUUCAGACCCACUUACAAGAAGGAUGACUUUGUUUUGGGGAAGAAAUUGGGUGAAGGAGCUUUUGGAGUGGUUUACAAAGUUUCAUUGGCUAACAAGAAGUCUAAGAAAGAAGAGGAGUUGGUAUUGAAAAAGGCUACUGAAUAUGGUGCGGUGGAGAUUUGGAUGAAUGAGCGGGUGCGAAGGGCGUGCGCCAACAGCUGUGCUGAUUUUAAGUACGGCUUCCUUGAGAGUUCUUCAAAGAAAGAAGCUGAAUAUUGGCUUAUAUGGCGGUUUGAAGGGGAAGCCACACUUUAUGAUUUGAUGCAAAGCAAAGAUUUUCCCUACAAUGUAGAAACCAUGAUCCUUGGAAAAGUUCAGGAUUUGCCAAAGGGUCUUGAAAGGGAAAAUAGAAUCAUUCAAACAAUAAUGAGACAGAUCUUAUUUGCAUUGGAUGGUCUUCACUCAACAGGGAUUGUGCACAGGGAUAUAAAGCCUCAAAAUAUUAUUUUUUCUGAAGGCUCUCGUUCUUUCAAGAUCAUUGACCUUGGAGCUGCAACAGAUUUGCGAGUCGGCAUCAACUACAUUCCAAAGGAGUUUCUUUUGGAUCCAAGAUAUGCUGCACCAGAGCAAUACAUCAUGAGCACACAAACACCAUCUGCACCCUCAGCUCCAGUGGCAACAGUCCUUUCCCCAGUUCUAUGGCAGAUGAACUUGCCUGAUAGAUUUGAUAUCUACAGUACUGGACUCAUUUUCUUACAAAUGGCAUUCCCAGGAUUACGUACUGACAGCGCCCUCAUACAAUUCAACCGUCAGCUUAAAAGAUGUGAUUACGACUUGGUUGCCUGGAGGAAUACUGUUGAGCCUCGAGCUAGCUCUGAACUCCGAAAAGGUUUUGAGUUGUUGGAUUUAGAUGGUGGAAUUGGAUGGGAACUACUGACAUCAAUGGUUCGGUACAAACCAAGACAAAGAAUCAGUGCAAAAACAGCUUUAGCAUAUCCCUACUUUGACAAGGAAGGCCUGUUGGCGCUUUCUGUCAUGCAGAGUCUGAGGCUGCAACUCUUCCGAUACACACAGCAAGACUAUGGAGAGUUUGCCAGAUGGGUUACUCGGCUAAUGGCAAGAUCGGGAACCAAGCAGGACGGUGGCUUCACUGAAGCUCAGCUCCAGGAGCUCUUGGAAACGGCGCCUAAGAAGAAGUCUAGUCCUCGGAGAAAUGCUCUUGCUUCAGCUCUUUGGCUGCAGAGGAAGAUUGUCAGAACAUUGAAUGAGAGCAUGAAUGAGCUUAACAACCAGAGGAAGAGUCUCUGGUGGAGCAGGUGGAUUCCCAAAGAGGAAUGAUGCUUGUAAACACACAUACUUUCUUUUUCCUUUUGUAAAUUUUGUGUAGCAAUCU